CCGCCCACUGGUAGGAGCUCAGCCAAUGAGCUCCUCGUUGCCUCAGAUCCCCCGCAUGUAUGGAUCCAGAGGAGGGCUAAAGAGGUGUAGUCUUCAUAAGAUCUGGACCCCGCGGAACCUUACAUUUACCGCUGGCUGGAGAUCAUUGAGCUUUACAUUUUUGACUGGAUUGUGUUUUUUAAGGGAAGCUGAAUUUUAGGGUUGUAUAAAAGGGAUAUCUCUUUAAACCUCCUCACUCAGCUGAUGACUGAAAAUCUUGGACCUUGGAUGCAGGCGGCAAUGAGUCGGUACCGCCGUUAACUCUUUGGACACAAACUGAACUGAAGCUUGUUUUUGCCGGUUCCUAUCUUCAAGAAGGGCAGAGGAAAUCAGAAAGCCACCGUAAUGAAGCUGAAACCGAACCAGACCAGGACGUACGACGGAGAGGGUUUCAAGAAAAGAGCGGCGUGUCUUUGCUUCAAGAAUGAACGGGAAGAGGAGGUUUUGUUGGUCAGCAGCAGUCGGCACCCAGAACAGUGGAUCGUUCCGGGAGGAGGGAUGGAGCCAGAGGAGGAGCCUUGGGGUGCAGCGGUGCGAGAAGUCUUUGAGGAGGCUGGUGUGAAGGGCAAGCUUGGACGCCUGCUUGGUGUGUUCGAGCAAAACCAGGAUCGGAAGCACCGGACGUACGUUUAUGUGUUGACUGUGACAGAGACGCUGGAGGCCUGGGAGGACUCAGUUAACAUAGGCCGAAAGCGGGAGUGGUUCACCGUGGAGGAAGCCAUCAAGGUGCUGCAGAGCCACAAACCUGUGCAUGCCGAGUACCUGCGGAGGCUCCAGCUCAGCUGCUCACCGACUAACGGUAACUCCAUCCUCCCAAGCCCCACUCCAAACGACAACUACCCUCACUACAACAUGACCACCGACGCACCCUCGACAGGCAGCGUGCUGGGCUCCUCCUGCAGAUAGGACCUCACUUCACCGCACUUUCCUGUCCUGGCUCGGGCAGUUUACAGAAAGUCUGUACAGUCUCUUGCAUGAACCUAAAAACUUUUCGAGAGCCUUGGCUCGCCUGUAUUUAUUAUUUCUUACCCUUGCUGCAAGACUGCCCAAACCUUUUGCCAGGACUGUGGUGAAAGACUAAGCAGGAAACAGUCCUGUUGUGGACACUUCUUCUGCUGGCAAGAUCCAGACUGCAGUUUGGAGAAGAGGAUGCUGGACACUGUUGGUGUGAUUGAACUUUGAUUAUGGGAUGCCUUAUUGAUACUUUGUACAGAUGUCAAAUCUGAAGUCGUUAUAAUUCACUCUUAACCGUCACGGUUACUUUUUGUAAGAGUGUCGUGCAGCCUGUGAAAAAAGGGUAGCUGUCUCCCAGAGCACGUUGGUGUGCAGAAUGUUUCAACAAUAAUGUCAUCAACACAUGAUGUUAACGGUACAUAUAUUACACAUGAAUAUUUAUUAAAAAUUCAAUUUCAGAAAUACCUUUGUUCCAUUUUAUGUAAACUUAAUUUUUUUAAAGAGUACAUAACAUAAAGAUAAAUGAUCUAUCAAAUGAUAAGGUAAAAUGGGUAGUUUUGGAAAGAAGAUAACGUUUUCUAUACGGUCUACCUCAGUAAACUUAAAAUGGAUGCAAUCAUCCUGCUUGGUGACCUCGUCUGACACAGUGCUACUAAUUAAAUUUCAGCCUGCAGCGUUACCUAACUAAUGUGUGCACACCACCUUCAAUCAGUGCUCUCCUAUCUCAAGUGUUAAAUCACGCAGACUGCAGCUCUGGUUUUAUUCUAGAGAGAAUUGAUGUUCCUUGGAUAUUAAAGAAGAGAUGCGCUGAUCGGUUGGCCAAAGGUCAAAAUCAGCCAAUUUCUUUCUUCAUUGUUGCUGAUCCAAGUACCAAAUUACCCGAUUUUAUUUUUCUUGUGCAUCAAAACUAAAACCAGCCCCCCGUUUUUGGUCAGCUGGCACACACCUGGAAUUCGACUUGUUUUUAUUUUUCCAUAAUUAAGGAAAAAAUUCAGGAUAUUAAAAUGUUUGGGUUUAAAGACUUUAAUCCUUGUUCCAAUUUUCUGAAAGAAUCAGAAUUUCUGCAAAAUGCAUUUCUUUUCUCAGUUGAUUUCUAUUUAAAUACAAUUUUUUAUCAUAUAUUUGCAACAUCAAACAUUGAGCUUCAGUCCAACUCAUACAUGGAUUUUGAGUUACAGACUGAGUACACAUAAAUGCACACUUUUUUUUUACUACUAGACUCUUAAAACUUGGUUUAAACCGGGUCUGAGGAAGAUGCCAAGCAAAACAUUGCAUUUCCUCUAUUUGUUUUUAUGUUUUUUACAAAGAGAGUUAAGUGGUCACAAUUGACAAACUGCACAUUAAGGAACCUGUAUUCACUGCCAGAAAAUCUAGUUUAGAUUCAACAAGUGGAUGUGUUGCAUAGAAAAAUAUGCUGUAAAAUUACCCUUUACCACCCUGAGAGAAUCAGAGGCCAACAUCAUCGCUGGGCUGUUUCAUGAUUUGAAAGCCAAAUUCAAAUGUCCAGAAUGUUAAAUGAACUAAUGAAAUUAAGUGUUAAAUUUAUAGGAACCCUGUAAUUUGAGGCACUUUUUUGAGUUUAAUAAAAAUCAAAUAAUGGAUAGGGACAUAUAUGUCGAUUCAUAAAUGGAAAUAAUCUUCUACUUGGUGAGUUUUUUGUCUGAAUCAAAACUGCCUGUAAAAUCGGAUAUCGGUUACAGGAAAUAUCUGUUCGGUUCAUCUCCAUUUAAAACAGAGGGACCUGUACGAAACAUCUUUAAUGUGUUUGGUAGUGAUUUUCUGCUCUUUCUGUGAACAUCAGCGUUUUUCCUCAUGAUGCUUCAAAGUAGUCUGAUAAAGUGGUCCAUUAAAGAAGAAUCAUCUACCAGUGGCUGUAUUUUCUGCUUAUUCUCUCAUGAAAAAUAAAUCUAUAGAUUAAAAAAAGAAAAUACCCUUACUAAUUUCCUCUGGAUAAACUGAUCUAAUGUUAAAACGCUCUUUUCAAGAGGGAUCCUAUGGCAUUCUUCAGUUAUGAGACCCUGAGUUUAAUUUUCCAAACUUUGUGUUUUACCCUGCUCUUUUUUUGUGUGGGCUUUUGGUGUCUGGUGCAAAACUGGGAUGUUUAUGCAAAAUUACACCCACUGAGAAGAUCACUCCUCCUUUAAAGCUUUUCACCAAUUAAACCAUAACUGACGAUUCUGUCGCAAUGAUUACGCCAUACAGCUUUUAUAGAGUCAAUCUAAACCUCAUGGAGCAAUAGAAGAGAAGAGAAAACUCCAACUGGUCCAUGUCCUUUAGACCCACAACAUGAUUAUUUAACAGCCCUUGCACUGAAAUAGAAUUAGAGGUAGAGGAACCUCCACCCAGUAGUUCAGAUUAAGAGUAAAUAUAAUACCCUUCAGCCAGGAUGUUAUUUAGGGGGCUCAAUUUCUACUCUGAUUAUGUGUUGUUAUACCGUUAAAGGCAUUAGAAAACGAGGGAAUAAAUGAUGGCUCUGGAAAAGUUCCCGCAGUCGAAAUGCACCUAUAGGUUGAAAAAACGGUUUCACUGAGCAGAUUUAUGGAUUCUAUGUCCGCUGUGUUGGAAACAGAUGAGAUGCAAAGAAAAACCGUAACCUGUAUAAAAACAUCCUCCCUACCUUUUGCUUCGACGGCUGAAUGAACACUCGAGAUGUGUAAAUAACUUCAAGAGGCAUUGUGAAAUGUAUUUUUAACUUGUACGUUUUCUCUUUAAAACCUGUUUUCUAUAUUUUUAAAAUGCUCGUGUACAGUGAGGGAUGUCUGUGAUGUGAAUGCGUUGGGAAAAGGGGCAUAUGGUGUAAUUAGAAAACACAAGCUUCAUUUUAAACUCACUGAAAUACCUGCGAUGAAUAAAAUACAGUAGGUAAAUAAUUAUUUUUUUUAAAUAAAAAUGUAUAAAGGUUUUUGAGAUAUUCAAAAACAUAAGAUUUAUUUUUUUUUUUCCUUUUUUUUUAUUUUGAACUAAAAAAUAAAAUGUUUUUCAGUUUCUUACACUGGCAGACCAAACAGUUUUGUACAGGGAAACCUUUAAACUGUUUUCCAAACGUUGUCUCCUUUUGCCAUCACUGUGUUCUGUUUUCAUCAUAAAAUCUUAUCUCCUGUAUUGUAAUCGUUGACUGACCCGUUUGAGCAGUCAUAAAGUUUUGGUCUUGGCCUGCUUCUGUCUGCCUUUGUGUAUAUAUUGAUUAUGGGGGAUGAAUUUAAUACUUAAUGUGCCAAAUAUCAAAAUAUCAUCUAUAUGUCAAAAAUAAAUAUUAAACUCUAAUCUUGAUGAGUUUCUACAAACUGUUUGAAAUGUUUUAUGUAGAAAAGGUUUACUUCUUAAAGACCAAAUUUUUAGCGUUUUAAGGCAGUUUUCUUCACCAUCUAAGGCGGUUUAGCUCUGCCUCAAACAAGUCCGCUACAGGUGCAGAAAUACUGUUGAAUGUUUUAAGUCUUUGCAGAUUUCCAUCUGGUCUCAUUAUCCUGUCCAGAAGCUUUUAAUCAGGAGAAAAGUGUUCUUACUGUUCGUCAUGAUGUUAUGCGAUGUUCAAUGGGAAGGUGAUCUGGGCUGGAAGGAAGACAUUGCAUUAAAGGAAGAACAACUUA